CAUCGCUUAUUUUGUUUCAUACAGAAACUUUCUUACCCGUUAUCAAUUUUAUCUUUUCAGAUCUAUUUAAAUAAUCUGGAAAGGUUCAGAAAAGUCUAAACUGCACUCUAAACAACAGGCCACACAUUUUUUAACCAUUCUAGUUACUUAAGGGUGGUAAUCAGAAAAGAUCAGAGAAAGAUUGCAGAGACUACAAAAAACACCACUGUAUGAUUCCAGAAGUAGAAAAUAGUAAGCAAGCACAAGAUAACUGUGGAAAACAGGAUGUCUUUAUCAAAAUACACUACGCCGGAAGCUACAAAUAUUGGCAGACUGGCUGCGAUUCUCUUGGAUCCCUGUACAAAAACAUUGAGAGAAAUUCUGAAGAGAGAAGUGUCACCUUCCGACUUGUCCAAGGAAGUCCAGGAUUUCAUUGAUGAUGCAGUAAAGCAUAGAAAAAAAUUUAAAAGACUUGAUUUUAAACAGGAAAAUAUCAUUUUUCCUCCACCCACUUUAAAAUAUAGGGGAGAUUACACAGACUUAGAUAUAUCUUUGUUGUACUACCUCCUCCGCAAUAUUUGUAAAAAGAUAUCUCCACCUUCAAAAGGAUGGGGAAAUAUACCAGAUCCCAAGGACAAAAGUAUUGCCGCCAACAUAGAAAGAAUUCGAAUGACAAGAAAUGAAUGCUAUGGACAUACCGCUGAUCUCUCACUAUCAGAAGCAGACUUUAACAGAAAUUGCCAAAUUCUCCGAGACGCUGUUGUGGAAUUGGAGAAAUAUUUAGGUACAACUAUAUUUCAGGAUGAUGUAAACGAAAUAGAGAUGUGUUCAAUGGAUCCAAAAGAAACGAAAAAAAAAAUUGAUUUACUAGGAAAUUUAGUAGACCUCCAGAAAUCAUUAGAUGAUUUUUUAGAUCCCAAGGUUUCCAGAAAAAUAGAUGAACCUAUUGGUGAGAAAAUAUGUUCAAUUAUGUAUGAACUUAUUCGAGGGUCAGAGGUCAACGCGUGA